AUGGCUUGCGAGCUCGAGUGUGUGUUCGAAGCCGAUUUUGACACGACUUCGGAGAAUCAUGCGACGCUGCUCGACAGCACCAAGGAUCUCGCCUUGAGAAGUAUGGGCGACCUCAACAACACCUUCAAGUUGGUGGUGAAAGAUCUCCGGCCCCCCGGAGCCUACGGCAUCCAACAAGAGAGGUGGACUCAGCACCAGGGCAUAGAACCUCAUCGGAAAGCUCAAGCCUGCUUUUGCCUGCAACCGACUCACCACGUCGGGACUUAG